AUGUCUGCGCGAGGAAGGAGAGCUAGUGUUAUUAUAUGCGCAGAAAGCGUAAAGCGUUCACCUUACGGCGGGGAUCUUCGCGCGGAUACGAGUUCGGCCUCUGAACACCGCCAGCGAUUUCAGUCCUCUACCCCAAUAUCCCGACGGGCUAUGAAGGAACUAGAAGAUCAAAUCACUGCAUCACUGCAUAGAGUGGGCGCAACUAUGACUACGCUGCGUACACGGCCAACCCUUUGGCUUGGAAAAGCGAAGAUCGCGAUCCUGUCGACGAUGCUUUGCACCAAAAGGCAGGACGCUGAUGCUCUUCGGGAGACUCCCGCUCCUCUCCAUACCCAGGAGAAAGGAGCUUGA